AUGGUCUUCCUUUGGCUCUUCACCAUCGUCACCCUCAUGCAGGAUGCCUUUGGCUCUGGGGCCCCUGCCAGUGACCCGGAGCUGAGCAUUACACCCAGGAUCAUCAAUGGGGUGGACGCUCCUCCUGACUCCUGGCCCUGGCACGUGUCUCUGCAGAGUCCUACUGGUAUCUCCUACUGUGGGGGCUCCUUGAUCAGCGCAUCCUGGGUGGUCACCGCCGCCCACUGCAAUAUCACGACAUCUUCCUUCGUUAUUGCUGGCCAUUAUGAUCGACACGCUUCCCAGGAUGGUGUCCAGAUCCUGAACAUUGCCCAGAUUUUUAGGCACCCCAAGUUCCGGUUGGGUACCAUACGCAGUGACGUUGCCCUUGUGAAGCUGGCCACCCCGGCACGUAUCGACGAGACAGUGUCCCCUGUUGUCCUGCCCACUAUUGAUGAAAAUUUCCUUCCCGGGUCCCUGUGUAGAACCAUGGGCUGGGGGUUCACCGACCGUAAUGGCAGCCAGCUCCCCAUCAAGCUGCAGCAGGCCACCGUGCACCUCCUGCCCAAGGACAAGUGCAAGAAGCACUGGAAAUUCAUCCCCAGGGACAUGAUCUGUGUGGGGGCGAACGGUGCUGGCUCCUAUGUCGGGGAUUCUGGAAGCUCCGUGGUCUGUAUCAAGUAUGGAAUGUGGACCCUCGUCGGCAUUGUGUCCUUUGUUCAUGAAGAUAAACCCACUGUCAUACCGUUUGUGGCCACCCUGUUCACUAAAUUCAAACGCUGGGUGAAGGCCACCAUGGCCCAAAAUUAA